UGGGGUAUGGCUCUCAACUUUCUCAAGCUCCUGCCUCAAAAGGGUGGGGUCAUUCUCCCCCACCCCCGUCUUAUGCCGGCGCCGUUCCCUGGAGCAGCCAGCAGCAAACCCAAUGAGCAAACCCUUGGGUGCAGGCUCCGAAAGGCUUUUCCAGGUAGCGUAGGGGCCUCGCUGGCCAUACACCCCGCCCUUCCCUCCGACAACCCGGGGUCUGAAAUGGGAGUGGCCAGGCAGGCUUUAGGACCCCGCGGUACCUAGCAAGCAGCUGCACACUCCUGGAAGUGGCAGUCGGGGACGAGGUGGCAAGGUCUGAGCCAGCAACUCCAGCGGCGGCAGAGCAAACGCGAUGGGCCGCCCUGGCUGGCUACUGCUGUGGCUCGGAGCCGCAGGAGCCAUUCUCUGCUCCAGCUCGGGGUCUCAGGUGCUAGCUCCAAGCCCCUGGUACCCCAACGUCACCUACCCGCCUAGUGGUCUGGAGCCAGCCUCUCCCUUAAUUUUCCCAGGCACCGAGGGGCUUUGGCUCUUCUCCACCUGCGGGGCCAGCGGGCGGCGCGGACCCACACAAACACAGUGCGACGGGGCAUAUGCCGGCAGCAGCGUGGUGGUGACAGUGGGGACCACCGGGCCUCUGAGAGGCGUGCAGUUGUGGCAGGCGCCACGCCCUGGCCAGUACCUGAUCUCAGCCUACGGAGCCGCGGGCGGCAAAGGCGCCAAGAACCAUCUGUCGCGGGCUCAUGGCGUCUUCGUCUCGACCGUCUUCUCCCUUGCUCUCGGAGAGCCGCUUUACAUCAUCGUGGGACAGCAGGGAGAGGAUGCCUGUCCCGGAGGGAGCCAGGAGAGCCAGCUCGUCUGCCUCGGAGAGUCUCGGGCGGCUGAGGAGCACGCAACAGAUGGGACUGAAGGGGCUCCCGGAUCGCGGCCCUGGGCCGGAGGCGGCGGGGGUGGCGGAGGCGCCACCUACGUCUUUCGGCUGAGCGCUGGCAAGCUGGAGCCGCUGCUGGUGGCGGCCGGAGGAGGCGGUCGGGCCUAUCUGAGGCGGCAGGACCGAGGCCGGACUCAGGCCGCCGCGGAGAAACUGGAGAAUCGUUUGGCGGCGCCCGGGAGCAAUGGGAGAGGCGGGGCGGCAGGUGGAGGGGGCGGCUGGACGUCGAGGGCCUCCUCUCCACAGGCCGGCCGCUCCUUGCAGGAGGGAGCGGAGGGCGGCCAGGGCUGCGCAGAGGCCUGGGCCACGCUUGGCUGGGCUGCGGCCGGAGGCUUCGGGGGCGGCGGAGGGGCCUGCACUGCGGGUGGAGGCGGCGGUGGCUACCAGGGGGGUGAUGCUUCAGAGACUGACAUCCUCUGGGCUGAUGGGGAAGAUGGGGUAUCCUUCAUACACCCCAGCAGUGAGCUGUACCUUCAGCCUCUGGCAGUCAUGGAAAGCCAUGGAGAGGUAGAGAUCCGACUGCACCUCAAUUGCAGUCAUUGCCUUUUGAAAGACUGCCAGUGGCAGGCCAAAUGCAUGUGCCCAGAGGGCCUGGAGCUAGCUACGGAUAACAUCACCUGUGUGGAUCUGCCCACUGCCCCAGGCCCUCUGUUUCUAUUGGUGGCUGUAGUGGUGGCCUCUACAUUGAGCCUUCUUAUGGUGUGUGGGGUCCUGAUUCUGGUGAACCAUAAGAGGUGGCUGGGCCUGUGGGGGACAAGGCUGCCAGGUCCUGAGCUCGAGCUGAGCAAGGUUCGAACCUCCACCAUCAAGACAGCCCCCAAUCCCUACUACUGCCAGGUGAGGUCUGGCCCAGCACAGUCUUGGCCUCUGCCUCCAGGGCUUACUGAGGUUUCCCCAGCUAAUGUCACUCUGCUCAGAGCCCUGGGCCAUGGUGCCUUUGGAGAGGUCUAUGAGGGACUGGUAAUUGGCCUUCCUGGGGACCCCAGCCCCCUGCAGGUGGCUAUCAAGACCCUACCAGGACUCUGCUCUCGCCAGGAUGAGCUGGAUUUCCUCAUGGAGGCGCUCAUCAUCAGGUAUGCCUGUGGCCAGGGGCAGGGGUGGAAGUUGGGAGAGAGACACCCAGAACUGUUGCAGGAACAGCCUGUCUUCAUCCUGGAGCUGAGAGGUACCAAGUCUAGGGACAUAGAGAUCCUCUCCAGUUUUAGGGAACCUAGAGCACGGUUUCUCUCCCUGCUGGUGAUUGGGUAUAUAUACCACCUCCUCAGCAAGUUCAGCCAUCAGAACAUUGUACGCUGUGUGGGACUCAGCCUCCAGGCUGCCCCUCGCCUAAUUCUGCUGGAGUUGAUGUCUGGAGGGGACAUGAAGAGUUUCCUGAGGCACAGCCGGCUGCACCUGGCCCAGCCCUCACCUCUAGUUAUGCAGGACCUGCUCCAGCUGGCCAAGGACAUAGCCCAGGGAUGCCACUACCUGGAGGAAAACCACUUCAUCCACAGGGAUAUUGCUGCCAGGAACUGUCUGCUGAGCUGCACUGGGCCCAACCGAGUGGCUAAGAUUGGGGACUUUGGGAUGGCAAGAGAUAUCUACAGAGCCAGUUAUUACCGCAAGGGAGGCCAGUCUCUGCUGCCAGUCAAGUGGAUGCCCCCAGAGGCCUUCCUGGAGGGCAUCUUCACAUCCAAGACAGACUCCUGGUCUUUUGGGGUGCUACUCUGGGAGAUCUUCUCACUGGGCUACAUGCCCUACCCUGGGCACACCAACCAGGAGGUGCUGAACUUUGUUGUCGGAGGGGGACGGAUGGACUCUCCCAGGGGCUGUCCAGGGCCUGUGUACCAUAUCAUGACCUGGUGUUGGCAGCACCAGCCUGAACUCCGCCCUGAUUUUGACAGCAUCUUGGAGCAUCUUCAGUACUGCAUUCAGGACCCUGAGGUGCUGAAUUCACCCUUGCCAGUAGAGCUGGGGCCCAACCUGGAGGAAAAAGGGGCUUCUGAGCUGGGGAGCAGGUCUUUGGAGAGCCUAAGCUCCCCACAGGCUCAGGAACUAAAUCUGGAGAGCUUGAACAGCUGGAGAGGGAGCUUUCAUGGCUCCUGGCUGUCCUCUGGCCUCAAGCCCCCCAAACCCAGAGGCCUCCAACCUCAGAACCUUUGGAAUCCAACCUUUGGCUCCUGGGCCCCAAGGGGCCCUGAGGGUGAGGACUCAGGCAUUGAAGGUAGCACCGGUUCCUCCCCACACUCCUCCCCAGGCUUCUAGGUAGCUUGCUAGUCAGGUAGCCUCUGCCCCCUGCAGUCUGUGCUGUUUGUCUGGGCCUGUCUCAGGGCUGGCCUGUCACCACUGGACUCUGCAUCCUGAAAACCAGCCCUAAGCCUCCUAGGGAAGAGUCUGGCCACUCCCAGCCUUUGAUCUUUGGGACCAGCAGCUACCCUCCAUCCCCAAGUGUGGGUGGAGAGUUGAAAUUGUUUCCUGCAGGAUGUCUUCUCUGAUUGCUCUUCCCCCAUGAGCAUCCUUCAUCUGGGCAGCCCCCCACCUCCACAGAUACCUCUAAUAAAGAGCUCUUCUCAUAUU